AUGACAGAAAUAUUUUCAACUUUAUUUGGUCAAAAUGAAACCCAGGGACCACCCGGUUCGUCGUCCCUGGGAUUUGGUCCCGGGAAACCCCCGCCGCCUCUCCCGCAAAAUCAAGUCUCCGUGGCGGGCCAGAUGCCACCACAGCUCGGGGAUGAGGGGCCUCCUCUAAGGAAAUCUGGAGCUAUGAAUGAACCCUUCUACUUACUCCGAGAACUACCUGUUGGAAACGAGUUGACUGGGAAUACCAACCUAAUCACGCACUACAACCUGGAACAUGCCUACAACAAAUUUUGUGGGAAGAAAGUGAAGGAGAAGCUCAGCAACUUUCUACCAGAGUUACCAGGUAUGAUUGACUGUCCCGGGAAUCAAGAUGGGAGCUCACUGCGAUCGCUGAUCGAUAAGCCACCAGUCUCCGGAAACUCGUUCAGUCCGCUCACCGGCGCAUUGCUAACAGGCUUCAGACUACACACAGGCCCGCUUCCAGAACAAUACCGACUGAUGCAUAUACAGCCACCAAAGAAGAAGAGCAAGCACAAGCACAAAAACCAUCGCCCGCAGGACCCAUUACCUCAAGCGGAAACGCCUUCAGACACCGAUCCCAAGAAGAAGAAGAAAAAGAGGGAUGAUGAUCCCGAUCGCAAGAAGAAAAAGAAAGACAAGAAAAAGAAGAAGAACCGACACAGCCCUGAUCACACUGGUCUGGCCGGCUCACAGACCAACAGCAACAGCCUCAGAUAG